AUGACCACACGAAAACUGCCUAAUAUCAUUAUCACGGGCACGCCCGGUGUCGGAAAGACGACUCAUUGUGAGGCUCUCGCGGAGCGAACUGGACUGCGCCAUCUCUCAGUGAACCAAGUUGUGAAGGACAAGGAGUGUCAUGAGGGUUGGAGCGAUGAGUUUCACAGCUUUAUUGUGGAUGAGGACAAGUUACUAGAUGCUAUUGAGGACGAUGUCAAGGCUGGUGGAUGUAUUAUUGACUGGCACGCCUGUGAUCUGUUCCCCAAGAGCUGGAUAGACCUGGUUGUUGUGCUUCGAGUUGACUCAUCAACACACUACGAUCGCCUUAUCACAAGAAACUACCCCGAGUCCAAGCUCCAAGAAAACAUCGACUCUGAGAUCAUGGAAGUUCUCCUCCAAGAAGCUCAUGAGGCUUUCGAUGAGGAAAUUGUGAUUGAAUUGACAAGCAACACAUCUGAUGAGAUGGACACAAACGUUGAUCGUAUAGUGGCUUGGCUUGAUCAGUGGAAGAAGGACAACAACGAAGAAUAA